UGGCGGCGGCGGCUGCGGCGGCUGCUCUUCCGACAUGAGGCAGCGGCUGCGGGAGGGCUGGCGGCGGGCGCAGCCGCAGCGGCAUCUGUAGCUCAGGCAGGGCCCCUGGGGCGUGGGCGCGGCGUGCGGGCGAGCGGCGUGCGGGCCGGCCGGCGUCGCGGGAGUCGGGCUCUGCGGCAGCCCGCACCGCCGUCCUCGGAGGGGCCCGCGCAGUGCCCCGAGCUCGGCCCUGGGCGGGGGUGCGGCGCGUUGGGCUGCGGGCAGCAGGCCCUGCUAGAGCGGCUGCUCAGACGGGCAGCCCUCGGGUUCCGCAAGCUCGCGGGCGGGGGCGCGGGCCAGGGCAGCCCGCUGGUGGUCAGCGGCGCGGGGACGGGACGCGGCAGGAGCCGCAGGUCGGCCCGCGCGCUUUGACGCACCGGGCGCCUCUGCGGCAGGAUGAAGCGCUGCUCGCCUCCGGCCGAGUUGUUUUUGCGAAAGCCGCUCCCGGUGCCCGGAGCGCUCAAGGUCUGAACUUCCCUCUGGAGCCGCAGUUGGAGGCGCGCGGGUAGAGGCCACCAGCGGGCGACGGCGCCCGAGGGGGAGCGCAGUGCAGCGCGCCCGGGACCCAAGACUCAGCACCGCCGCGGCACGGGAACCCGGGGAGCACCAGGUACCCCUGACCCGGUCGGGAAAGGUUCCAAGAGCUCGGCAACAUGGCUUCCUCACCCCACCAGCAGCUGCUGCAUCACCAUAGCACCGAGGUGAGCUGUGACUCGAGCGGAGACAGCAACAGCGUGAGGGUCAAGAUCAACCCUAAGCAGCUGUCCUCCAACACCCACCCGAAGCACUGCAAGUACAGCAUCUCCUCCAGCUGUAGCAGCUCGGGAGACUCUGGGGGGCUUCCCCGAAGGAUGGGCGGCGGGGGUCGCCUGCGCAGGCAGAAGAAACUGCCCCAGCUGUUCGAGAGGGCCUCCAGCCGCUGGUGGGACCCCAAAUUCGACUCCGUGAACCUGGAGGAGGCCUGUCUGGAGCGCUGCUUCCCACAGACCCAGCGCCGCUUCCGGUACGCACUCUUCUAUGUGGGCUUCGCCUGCCUUCUCUGGAGCAUCUACUUCGCUGUCCACAUGAGAGCCAAAGUGAUUGUCAUGGUGGUCCCGGCUCUGUGCUUCCUGGUGGUGUGUGUGGGCUUUUUCCUGUUUACUUUUACCAAGCUGUACGCCCGGCAUUAUGCGUGGACCUCGCUGGCUCUCACCCUGCUGGUGUUCGCCUUGACCCUGGCUGCGCAGUUUCAGGUUUGGACACCUCUGUCAGGACGUGUUGACAGCUCCAAUCAAACUCUCACAGCCAAGGUGGCGGACACUUGCUUAUCUCAAGUGGGGAGCUUCUCCAUGUGUAUUGAAGUGCUCUUUCUGCUCUACACGGUCAUGCACUUACCUCUGUACCUGAGCUUGUUUUUGGGGGUAGCCUAUUCUGUCCUUUUCGAGACCUUUGGCUAUCAGUUCCGAAAUGAAGACUGCUUCCCCUCGCCAGGACCCGGGGCUCUGCACUGGGAGCUGCUGAGCAGAGCCCUGCUCCACGUGUGCAUUCACGCGAUUGGGAUCCAUCUGUUUGUCAUGUCUCAGGUGAGGUCCAGGAGCACCUUCCUCAAGGUGGGGCAAUCCAUUAUGCACGGCAAAGAUCUGGAAGUAGAAAAAGCCCUCAAAGAGAGGAUGAUUCAUUCUGUGAUGCCAAGAAUCAUAGCUGAUGACCUAAUGAAACAAGGGGAUGAGGAGAGUGAGAAUUCUGUCAAGAGGCACACCACCUCCAGCCCCAAGAACAGGAAGAAGAAGUCCUCCAUACAGAAAGCGCCUAUAGCAUUCCGCCCUUUUAAGAUGCAGCAGAUUGAAGAGGUCAGUAUUUUAUUUGCAGACAUUGUGGGCUUCACCAAGAUGAGUGCCAACAAAUCCGCUCAUGCCUUGGUAGGUCUCCUCAAUGAUCUGUUUGGUCGCUUCGACCGGUUGUGUGAGGAGACCAAGUGUGAGAAGAUCAGCACUCUGGGAGACUGUUACUACUGUGUGGCCGGGUGUCCGGAGCCCCGGGCAGACCAUGCCUACUGCUGCAUUGAAAUGGGCUUGGGCAUGAUAAAAGCCAUCGAGCAGUUCUGCCAGGAGAAGAAAGAGAUGGUGAACAUGCGUGUCGGGGUUCACACAGGGACUGUCUUAUGUGGCAUCCUAGGCAUGAGGAGGUUUAAAUUCGAUGUGUGGUCCAAUGACGUGAAUUUGGCCAAUCUCAUGGAGCAGCUGGGAGUGGCUGGCAAAGUUCACAUAUCUGAGGCCACUGCAAAAUACUUAGACGACAGGUAUGAAAUGGAAGAUGGGAGAGUUAUCGAACGCCUUGGCCAGAGUGUGGUCGCCGACCAGUUGAAAGGUUUGAAGACAUACCUGAUAUCGGGUCAGAGAGCCAAGGAGUCCCACUGCAGCUGUGCAGAGGCCCUGCUUUCUGGCUUUGAGGUCAUUGACGGCUCACGGGUGUCCUCGGGCCCUAGGGGACAGGGGACAGCAUCGCCAGGGAGUGUCAGUGACUUGGCACAGACUGUCAAAACCUUUGAUAACCUUAAGACUUGCCCUUCUUGUGGAAUCACAUUUGCUCCCAAAUCUGAAGCUGGUGCAGAAGGAGGAGCUGUGCAAAAUGGCUGUCAAGACGAGCCUCCGGCCGGCACCAAGGUAACAAGCUCAUGGCUGUUGUUCCUGUCACUGCCUCUCCUGGCGCAUCCACCUAAGGCUUCUGGAGGACCCAACUCCAAAACCCAGAACGGACUCCUGAGCCCUCCUCCAGAGGAGAAGCUCACCAACAGUCAGACCUCCCUGUGUGAGAUCCUGCAGGAGAAGGGACGGUGGACAGGUGUGAGCUUGGACCAAUCGGCCCUCCUCCCACUGAGGUUCAAGAACAUCCGUGAGAAAACUGAUGCCCACUUUGUAGAUGUCAUCAAAGAAGACAGCCUGAUGAAAGAUUAUUUCUUCAAGCCACCCAUCAAUCAGUUCAGCCUGAACUUCCUGGAUCAGGAGCUGGAGCGAUCCUACAGAAGCAGCUACCAGGAAGAGGUCAUAAAGAAUUCCCCUGUGAAGACUUUUGCCAGCGCCACCUUCAGUUCCCUCCUGGACGUGUUUCUGUCUACCACAGUGUUCCUGAUCCUCUCCAUCACCUGCUUCCUAACCUACGGAGCCACCGCCAUGCCUCCCCCACCGGCUGCCCUGGCCGUCUUUGGUGCAGACCUGCUCCUGGAGGUGCUGUCCCUAGUAGUGUCCAUCAGAAUGGUGUUCUUCCUAGAGGAUGUCAUGGUGUGCACAAAGCGGUUGCUGGAAUGGAUCGCUGGCUGGCUCCCUCGACACUGCAUUGGGGCCAUCUUGGUAUCUCUUCCUGCCCUGGCUGUCUAUUCACACAUCACCUCUGAGUUUGAGACAAACAUACAUUUCACCAUGUUCACAGGCUCUGCUGUGCUGGUGACCGUCGUACACUACUGUAACUUCUGCCAGCUCAGCUCCUGGAUGAGGUCCUCCCUUGCCACCGUCGUGGGGGCUGGGCCCUUGCUUCUGCUCUACAUCUCCCUGUGCCGGGACAGCUCCAUAGUGGUGUCACCCUUAGAUACAGCAGCACAGAACUUCAGUGCCAACAGGAACCCGUGCAACAGCUCACUGCUGCAGGACAGCAGGAGGCCGGCCAGCCUCAUAGGCAAGGAGCUCAUCCUCACCUUCUUCCUCUUGCUCCUCUUGGUCUGGUUCCUGAACCGAGAGUUCGAGGUCAGCUACCGACUGCAUUACCAUGGGGAUGUGGAAGCAGAUCUGCACCGCACCAAGAUCCAGAGCAUGAGGGAUCAGGCUGACUGGCUACUGAGGAACAUCAUCCCCUACCACGUGGCUGAGCAGCUGAAAGUCUCCCAGACCUACUCCAAGAACCAUGACAGCGGAGGAGUGAUCUUUGCCAGCAUCGUCAACUUCAGUGAAUUCUAUGAAGAGAACUAUGAAGGGGGCAAGGAAUGCUACCGGGUCCUUAAUGAGCUGAUAGGUGACUUUGAUGAGCUUCUGAGCAAACCGGACUAUAACAGCAUUGAGAAGAUCAAGACUAUCGGGGCCACAUACAUGGCAGCGUCAGGGCUGAACACUGCCCAGUGCCAGGAGGGUGGCCACCCCCAGGAGCAUCUGCGUAUCCUCUUUGAAUUCGCCAAGGAGAUGAUGCGUGUGGUGGAUGACUUCAACAACAAUAUGCUGUGGUUCAACUUCAAGCUCAGGGUUGGCUUUAACCAUGGACCCCUCACUGCAGGCGUCAUUGGUACCACCAAGCUGCUCUAUGACAUCUGGGGAGACACUGUCAACAUUGCCAGCAGGAUGGACACCACUGGUGUUGAGUGCCGCAUCCAGGUGAGCGAAGAGAGCUACCGUGUGCUGAGCAAGAUGGGUUAUGACUUUGACUACCGAGGGACUGUGAACGUCAAGGGCAAAGGGCAAAUGAAGACCUACCUUUACCCAAAGUGCAUGGACAAUGGGGUUGUGCCCCAGCACCAGCUGUCCAUCUCCCCAGACAUCCGUGUCCAGGUGGAUGGCAGCAUUGGACGGUCUCCCACGGAUGAGAUUGCCAACUUGGUGCCUUCUGUUCAGUUCUCAGACAAGACUUCCUUGGGAUCUGAUGACAACACACAGGCCAAGGACGUGCACCUGUCCUGUAAGAGACCCUGGAAAGAGCCGGUCAAAGCUGAAGAAAGGUUUCGAUUUGGAAAAGCCAUAGAAAAGGAUGACUGUGAAGACACAGGAAUAGAAGAAGCCAAUGAACUCACCAAGCUCAAUGUCUCAAAGAGUGUAUGAGGCAGCGUGGAGAGCUGCCGAGGUGCUCUGUUCAUCCAAACACAAUAAUAUUUGUAUUGACAGGCUGGCGUGCUGUCUAGCACCUCAGUGUCUGUUCCUGGAUGUGGUGUCAUGUGGUCAUUUCAGCCCUAAUCUCUGUGUGGAUCACAGUUAUUCAGGGUCCAUUUCCACCCAUUUCUUCUUUCCUUUACUCCCUUUCCUGGAAGCCUGCCCCCAGCCUGGGGGAUCCAUUCAGCGGUGUGGAGGAAUAUAAGUGCCUUCAGGGUUUGGCCUUGAGUCUAGGGCUGAGGCCACUGGUGGAAUCAUGGCCCUGGGUAUUAUUUGACUUCUUUAGGACAAAAAAAAAAAAAAAAAAAAAAAAAAAAAGCUGUGGUUAAGAUACCGUUUUUAUUGCCUUUUCUCACAAGCUUUUUUUUCUCAUACAGUGUUUUCCAGUUUAUUUUUUCUAUAUAUGUAAUAGUGUUUUUUGGUCACCUGGCCUUUCUAAGCACAUACACGCACACACACUUGCAUUUAUGAAUCUGACAUAAAGUGCCAGUAACUCAUCUGGGGGAGGGGCUAUAAAAGGUGGGCAGGACUGGGAAGCUCAGCAAGCCCCCUUCUGGCAUCUCGGGGUACCUGGGCCCAUGUUCCUGUGGCCCAUGAAUGGGCCUCUCCGCCCCCAACACUGGGCAGUUUCAGGGGCUCUUCUGCACGCAGGCCAAAAUUUCAUAUGCUCACCAGGCACAAAGCUUACACGCCAGGCCUCAGGAAUCUCAAAGCCGUGUUUUCAUCUGACCCUCCACAGAGGGGUCUUCCAGCCAAGAGCGAAGAUGUUUGUCUCAGAAGCCGACUCAUCUGAGGGAGACAGUCGACCAUCUGAGGGUUGCGUUUAUUUAUUUAUUUAUUUAUCAAAACGUGUAUUAUGGGGAGGGGCCACUGGAUAGUUUUGGUGAGGGAAACAGUCAGGGAGUGGGCAGGGCAGUUUGCGAAGGACACAGCAGACCAAUGACAAGAUGUCCCUCUAUGUUUCAUGUCUCAUCCACUGUGGCCUACGGUGCCACCCAGGGUGCUGCUCCCCCUUGUGGGGAUCCAGAGUCACACUGCUCAGCUCCAAGCGGGAUUCUGCAGACCUUUUGUCCGUUCCUCCCACGGUUGGACUGCACAGGCUGAUUUGUAGUGGGAUUUCAUUCUGCUGGCCAAUUCAGACUCUCAAAAGAGGCUACUUGUGGCGCACCGAGGAGCAGAACCAUCUGUAUGCCAAAGGAGAUGCAGACAGCAGACACAGAGCCAAUAAGGAAAAUGGCGUUCCUGUUCCUGGUGGCUAACCUUGCUCAUAAUUGUGUCUUUCCAUGUUGAGUCUGAAAUUUCUGCUGAAUGGAACUCAGGCUACAGUUGUCCUGACGCCAUCAUUCUUCCAGGUGACGCUGGUGUGCAGCUCAGAGACGACUGAGGAGCAGCUCUGUCUGUUGGAGGUCUUCACGCCGUGCCCUGUGGUGUGUCCUUGCACUGGUAAACCUCACUGUAUGAUUUUCACCUCUGAGUUGAGUCCCUUGUUACUCAUUCCCAGAGACAGACAGGACCUGCUGAUGCUAGCAAGGUGACAUAGUUCUAGUCAGCCACUUCCCCUGGGGACACCUGGGAUGGCCACCCAAGCAUCAUAGCCAUGCCAGGACCCAGAGUGUUCUUAGUGACGGGAAGAUUUUCCUUCCCAGUUGGCUCCCUGUUGGUCUUCCAACUCGAAGAACAGAUGGUUGUAAUAAUACCUCUUGCUUCUGAAGAAUGUAUUCUUGUACAAUGCCACAGAUUUUUUUUCUUAAAAACACUACCUGAUUCUUUCCUUGUACUAGGGAUUUAGGGCAUGCUGGGUUUCCUCCGGUCAGUAUUAGGGUGUUCGUUAUCUGAGUGUCGGUCAGUCUGUCCUCCAGCUCCAGGCUGCAUAGCCUUGAGGAGCGAGCUGGUGUCAGUGUCUUUGCAGUCUUGGUUCAAGAUGUGCUCUGCCAGGUUCAUCUCUGCACACAUCUUCCCUCUCAAACUCUCUUCCUUUCUCUGCUACAAACGUGUUUGUGAUUCUUUCCCAGCCCACCCCCCAACCCUAGACCUGCAAGCCAGUUGGAGAGAAUCAUUGACCUUGAGCAGGUGGUCCAGUUACGCAUUGUGCAAAUAGAGCCCUGGGUGAAGGGCGGCUCCCACAGAGUGCAAUGGUCUUAAGAAACACCCUGAGCCUUCCUGAAGAACCAGUGCAGACAUUCUUCUUUCAGGGUGCAAGGCCCCUGAGGCCUUCCCAGCUCCCUGCCCCAAAGCAUACCUCAACACAAACCACGGCUCUGCAGCACACCUGCCGUGCAGCCUGGGCUGUUGGCAUUGAACAAACAGCUGGAGACAGUUGGGCUUCUAGGCAGUGGACUCGAGUGUCCUCAGGUGGCAAUACUUCUUAGGAACCUAGGGCAGGAAGCAAUACUCCAGAACUGAAUGUGUGUAAAUAGUUGCUUUGCGUUGCAAUUCCUCUUUCCCUCUUGGCCCAGCUCAGAUCAACUUUUUACAUCUGUAUGAUCAAGCACACAUAAUUUUGUCCCACGCAAAUGAACGUAGAGUAUCAGUUAUAAACCCUUAAACUGCUUGACGAGCACCACAGAUUGACCAUACCUGCGCAUGGCUCCCUCCACCCUGGCUUCACUCCUGGGGACUGCACCCGCACAUUUGCUCAUGACACAGAGAGCCAAAGGCAGUGUGCAACCAUCAGCUGGGCUGUAGUCACUUGUAGUUUCCAAAGAAAAGUCUGCAUUUGACUUUCUUGAUUUUCAAGGUCAGCAUUUUUGAUUGGUUGUUUGGAAAAUUGCAUCAUGACUAGAACCAGAAAUUAAAUCAUCAAGAACCAACUGUUUGUGUUUCCAUGUUUCCUUUGCUCUGCUCUUUUUAAAUUGUUAACUCUAAGAAUUUCAAAAUGCAUCCACUGAAAAAAAUGGAUAUUAAAAUAUUCUAAAACCUAA